AGCUGCUGCGCGUCACAACACACACACAUGCACACACAAGUCUGCGUGACCUGUAAUCAUGGAGCCCUAAACCUGUGUUCUGGAGGAUCUAGACUCAUAAUACCAGACUGAGCUUACAGGUGCCUUCAGAGACGCCAAAUUAUACCAUCAGGUGGAAGCUGUGCAGGAUUUGUGUUAGAUUAGUCGAUGAAAAAAUGUGGAGCUACGCAAGUGUUUUAACAUACCUGCUUCUUCUGACCAGAGAUGCAAGAGCUAUGAAUAAGAUCUUCGGUGAGCCAGAGCCGGUCAAGAUGAUAUCAGAGGGUUCCGACUGCCGCUGCAAGUGUGUGAUGAGGCCGUUGAGUAUCGAGGCCUGCUCUAGACUCCGUGACGGAAGCCUACGGGUGGAUGAUUUCUACACGGUAGAGACGGUGAGCUCCGGUUCUGACUGUAAGUGUUCCUGCACGGCUCCUCCGUCCUCACUCAACCCCUGCGAGAAUGAGUGGAGAACGGAAAAACUCAGGAAACAAGCCCCUGAACUACUCAAGCUCCAUUCCAUGGUGGAUCUGCUGGAAGGAACAUUGUACAGUAUGGAUCUGAUGAAGGUGCAUGCCUACAUGAACAAAGUUGUGGCUCAGAUGAACACAUUAGAAGAGACCAUAAAAACAAAUCUCACCAGGGAAAAUGAGUUUGUGAGGGACAGCGUAGUGAACCUGUCCAAUCAGCUGAAGCGAUAUGAGAACUACUCUGACAUCAUGGUGAGCAUCAAGAAAGAGAUCUCCAGCCUGGGCCUGCAGCUGUUGCAGAAAGACGCCGCCUCAGACAGUAAAGCACAGGGCACUGAGAGCAAAAAGUCCAAGGAGGCCUUAAAACCGCCCAACAAGAAACCCCCAGCUGUCAAACCUCCACCCAAACAGCCUAAAGAAAAACCUGUCAAGCCCAAGAAAGAGGCUCCCGCCAAAGCAUCAAAACCUGCGAAGCCAGACCCCACCCCCAAAACCAAGACCUCAGUGCACCAGACAGGGGUCAUCAGGGGGAUCACAUACUACAAAGCGUCUAAGAGCGAGGACUCAGAGUCACAUUCAGUGGGGAGAGCAGAAAGAGAAAACCCAGCCAAGACCCACACUGGCCACCAGGCUGAGGACAAAAAGGGCUCCGAGCUAGUUUUGGAAACCUCUGAAAUAUCAUCAACUGUGCCGCCAAUAACAACCACCACUACGCUUGUGGCUGUCACAACAACAAGCACCACACUAGCAACCACCAGCGAAGUGCCCGUCACGAAUUCAACCCAGUUAACUCCAGGACCAGAGAAACCAAUGGGCACUGGAGGAAAAACACACUUGCACAAAGCAGGUAAAUCUCCAGACUGUGAGGGCACACUGGCUUCAGUGGAUAUGCCAGAGAAACAUCACAGUUACGGACGCAAUGAAGGAGCCUGGAUGAAAGACCCAAUGGCUAAAGACAACAAGAUUUAUGUUACAAACUACUACUAUGGCAAUAACCUAGUAGAGUUCCGCAACCUGGAGAAUUUCAAACAAGGGCGCUGGAGUAAUCUCUACAAACUUCCCUACAACUGGAUUGGAACCGGCCAUGUGGUCUACAACGGGGCCUUCUACUACAACAGAGCUUUCACUAAAAACAUCAUCAAAUAUGACCUGCGCAUGCGCUACGUGGCAGCUUGGACCCAGCUUCAUGAUGCCGUCUAUGAGGAUACAACGCCUUGGAAAUGGCGAGGUCACUCAGACAUCGAUUUUGCCGUGGACGAGAGCGGACUCUGGGUGAUUUACCCAGCGCUGGAUUACGACUACUCGCAACAUGAAGUCAUCGUCAUCAGCAAGCUGGACCCGAGCGACCUUUCCAUGAAGAAGGAGACAACAUGGAGGACUGGACUGAAGCGCAACUCCUACGGCAACUGCUUCAUCGUGUGCGGCGUCCUGUACGCCAUUGACGUCUACAAUCAGAAAGAAGGCGAGGUUUUGUACGCCUACGAUACGCACACGAACACCGAGGCCACACCGCGUUUGCCGUUCACAAAUGAGUACGCGUUUGUAACGCAAGUGGACUACAAUCCCAAAGAUAAAGUGCUGUAUGCAUGGGACAAUGGCCAUCAGCUGACCUACAAUAUUCACUUUGUUGGCCAGUGAACAUGUAACUUGGUCUGCAUCUUCUUCUUUCUUUUUUUUUUUUUUGCGUCUGGAGCCUAACAAUGUUACGGAAGCCCUGAAACACAAGGUGGAAAAAAAAAAGCAGUCUUGGUGGUGAGGAAAAAAGAAAAAAGAAAACUUACGCCAUUAUAACGAGAUAUUAUGUUGUAAUAAGGAGAUAUUAUGUCAUUAUAACAACAUAAUAUCUUGAACCACAAGGUGAAAAAAAAGCAGUCUUGGUGGUGAAAAAAAAAGAAAACUCAUGUCGUUAUAACGAGAUAUUAUGUCAUUAUAACAACAUAAUAUCUUGAAACGCAAGGUGAAAAAAAGCAGUCUUGGUGGUGAAAAAAAAAAGAAAACUCAUGUCGUUAUAAGGAGAUAUUAUGUUGUAAUAACGAGAUAUUUUGUCAUUAUAACGACGUAAUAUCUUGAACCGCAAGGUGUAAAAAAAGCAGUCUUGGUGGUGAAAAAAAAAAGAAAACUCAUGUCGUUAUAACGAGAUAUUAUGUUGUAAUAACGAGAUAUUAUGUCAUUAUAACAACAUAAUAUCUUGAAACGCAAGGUGAAAAAAAAGCAGUCUUGGUGGUGAAAAAAAAAAAAAACUCAUGUCGUUAUAACGAGAUAUUAUGUUGUUAUAAUGAGAUAUUUUGUCAUUAUAUCGACGUAAUAUCUUGAACCGCAAGGUGAAAAAAAAAGCAGUGUUGGUGGUGAGAAAAAAAAAAAGAAAACUUAUGUCAUGCGGUUCAGGGCUUCCAUACAAUGUGCACCAUUUAUUUUGGGGGUAUUUUUUGUCUUUUGAUUUAUGUGUUAAACUAAGUCAAGGAUUCACUGUAAAAUAAUGCUGGGAUCCAGACAAUUCCUUCAUGCUGUCCCAACACAAAUCGAUUAAGUUAACUUAAUCAUUUUUACAAAUUUAAGUGGAUUGAUCAUAAAACAAAUCAAGCUGUACCAACCCCCCCCCCCAAAAAAAAAACUUAAGAAUUGUGUUGUUUCAACUCAUUUUAAAUAAGUAGUUUCAACAAGCAGCAAAAAAUCUUUUCUUGAGUGUUGGACACAUAUUUUUUUACCUUUAAAAACAGAAUUGAAGGACUUGCAUGCCUUAUUUUUAUGUUCAUAGUUCCCAAAGCAUCAUUGAUGUAAAUAAGGGUGCAGUAAAAGAUCUUAGAAGAAAAUAAUGUAUAACCUUAAUGGUUUUACAGAGCUUUAUGAAGAUUUUUUUGGUAACACUAUAAUUACACACUGUGAAUCAUCUAUUAAGCAUUAGCAAAUAGUUAAUUCAUUAUCUGUUAAAUAUUAAUUCUAUAUUAAUAGACAUUAGUCUAUUAAGCAGUUCAUAACUGCAGAUACAAAUGCGGUAUUCUUGACUUGUUCUUAAUAAUUGUACUUUUAUACUUUGUUAAUUAUUUAUUUUUCAUUACUAAAUUAAGUAUUGGAUUAUUUACAAAGCAGUUAUUUGAGAGAAGUUGCUGGUCUUUAAAGAUUUUUCAGAAUGUGUAAGUAAAUGAUUAAUAAACUAUUUAAAUUAACAUUUGUAUAUCUUAUUGUUAGGGCAUAUACUAAUAGUUAAUUUGUAUGUUAGUAAAUGCUUUAUUAACUCAACUUCAUGCAGUUUAGUGACCUAAUCUAAAGUGAGGACUAUUUAUGCUUUAUAAAUCCCUUAUAAAUGACAAUUAAAGGCUCAGUUAAAUUCUAAACGGGAACAAAAGAAAAUAAACGACUUUAUUCAUUUUUAUUAAUUUGAAGAUACAGAAAUGAAACUCUGAUGAAAAUGAAAAUAAAUCAUAAAUAAAAUAACAUUACUGUACAGUUUAAACACCACUAAAUAACAUUGAAAUGUUGUUCAAUUAUUAUAUUUUUGCUGUUUUAUCCAAUUUUAUGUCAAAUGUUGACACCCCUGUUAUUUGGCGAUAAUUGAACUUUUUAGAUUAGAUUGGAAAGUUGUAUUGUUCAUUUGAUACCAAGUCUUUAAUUAUCAUUUAUUAGAGAUUAACAAAGCAUAAAUAAUCCUCACUUUAGAUCACAAAGCUGAGUUAAAGCAUUUGUUAACAUACAACUUAACUAAUAAUAUAUUCCUGAAUAAUAAUAUACAAAUGUUAAUUUGAAUAGUUUAUUAAUCAUUUACUAACUCAUUCUAAAUGAUCUUUAAAACCCCCAACUACUCUUAAUUAUAAAUGUCCUGUUAAGUCAUGUUAAGUCCUGUUAAGUCAUGAAAAUUAAUCAGUAACAAAGUAUGAAAAUACAAUUUUAAAUGUGCUUAUAAGUCAAGAUAAGAGCAUUUAUAUCUGCAGUUAAAAACUGCUUAUUAACGUCUAGUAAUGUAGAGUUAAUGCUUAACAAUUAAUGAAUUCCCUAUUAGCUAAUGUUUAGUAGAUGAUUCAUAGUGUGUAGUUAUUAUAAAGUGUUACAAAUUUUUUUUUUAUUCCUACAUUCAAGAAUUGCAAAUAAAAGGUCUAUUCAUAUCAUUUAGCAGUGGGAAUCAGUUUUGGGAGAAUGGGCUUUUUAAAUGUUAUGUACAUUUCAUUAUUUUAGCUAUUCAUUUUUGUAAAAAAAAAUUUGACUCUUUUUGUAAAUAUUUUCAAGACUAAGUUUUGGUACAAUAAUCCUUUUAUAAACCUCAGAUUUACAACCCUCAGAUAUUUAAUAAUAUAGUCACUCAGCAUAAGUGGAGACUCCUGGAUGAGUUACAGAGUUUUGUAUGUUGCAUUUAUGUCAAAUUUUCUGUAAAAAAAGUACAAAUAAACGUAAUCUAAAACC